AUGGUUGCUAACUAUAAGGAAACCAAGAUCGCUGCUGAUAAACUGGAGAAGCACAUUGAAGAACUUCAUAAGCAGCUAGCUAGCCUUGGAGAUUGCAGAGGCCUAAGACUAAGGCUACUUUUCUUGGAGAUUGCAGAGGCCUUGGAGCUAGCAAGCAUAACAAGCUUGGGGCUGGACUGGGCACUAAGACUAAGGCUAUUUUUCUUGUACAGAACAUGGUAG